GGCUGACUACCAUGGCCGGUAUCGAGAACCAUUUUACCGUCUUCAUCCGGCUACCCUUCAACCGCGGCGAAUUCGUCGAUCCACCACCAGUAGCAUGGUCGGCGGCAAAGGAGAGUGCUUUAUGGAACAUUAUAUCUCGUCAAGCCAAAGGAAAUGAGAUCGAUUGGCGCUCACUAUCCGAACAAUUCGAGGUCAGUCAAUCCUUCCUCCUUCAACAAGCCGCAUGGCUCUACGAGCGUCAACUAUCUCAAGUGCGGGCUCAAAUGCGGCGUGUCGGAUCCAGACAGUCCGCCACACCAUCUCCGGUCCCAGGCUCAGUGUCGGCCAGUAUGGUGGGAGGCCAGGCGAUGAAGAGAGCCGGUAGCGGCGGGUCACGUGUUCCCUCCAGGCUGUCGACGCAAGCACUGGGAAGCCCUGUCACUACUGGAGGAGACAGUACCCCUGGAACUCCUGCAAAAAGCAGAACUUCACUACCCUUUCGAAGCAUAUCCGGCCAAGCAGCAGGCCCUUCGCAAGCCAGAGGGCCCCCAGGCACUUCGAGGCCGAUUUCACGGCAGUCCUCUAAGGACGACGCACCCACUUCCACGACACAGUCACGAAGAGGAAGUAUUCAGCAUCAAUUAGCUCGGUCCCCAGGCCAGCCGAGAAACCCCCAACCACAGUCCUCCGACUCAGAAGACGAUAUGACCCAGUCCCGCAUCGCCGCUCGCCGUCCCAACCCAUCCGCAAUUCAUCGUCGAGCACUUUCACAGCGCCAAUCUCAUCGCGGAGCCUCGGCGGCCGAACCAAACCAGCAGCAAGCCCACCAGUCAGAUGGAGAUGAUGAUGACGAUGAGGACGAACCGUCCUUUCUUCCCUUCGCCAAUCCAAGCUCUAAUCCCGCAGAACCAAAAGGGCGGAGAGCAUCCUCCUCCCAACAAGACCCCAGCGCAACUCUACGAGGCAAUGUCAACGUCCAGAGUCAGGGGCAAGCCACCCGCCCAAGCGCCACGCGCCACAUCACAUCCGAGCGUGUAAGCUCUCCGACGGUCGAACCACCCACGCCCGUGCAACCACGAAAGCAGGACGCGGCUUCAUCUACAUCCUCACCAUCGUCGCCUACAAACCUGUCUCGUCCACCGAGCAACACCAAUCCAGCCCAAACCGUCCAGACACAAUCCAACGUCCCACGCGUGUCUAACCCGCUAUCGCCCCCUCAUCGUGCCCUUCUACAGUCCUCGCCACGUCGCGGCCCGGGCUCCGACACGUCGCCGAGCAUGGGCUCCUCGUUCUCCGACCUCGACGAUGCGAGCGUCACGCAGAGCGCGUUGGAGGAAGCUCUUCUCAGUGGCAUGGGAAAUACGACGAUGACCAUGCCUGGUGGAGGUGUCGCUGGUAGAGUCAGCGGCAUCAGCCAGGCGUUGAGAAGUCGGUACUUUGACGCCCGAGGGGAAAGCCAGCAGAGAAACGGUGGUGGUGCUGGGGGAGCAGUCAGUGAGCGAUGAAAAUAACAAAGGUUUGGCGAGGGGCACAAUCGUCAGCCUGGAAUUCAGAGCUCUACCUGGAACUUGGGAAAGGAAGAAUCAGGGUCCUUGACCUAAGCCUACCACGGCGAGAAUGCUCCCAAGAUGACAGGUAUCUAGUCAUGCACUUUCUCGUUAUCUCUGCGCUUAACUUGAGGUACAAUCUUGAAGGUUGAACAGAAGGCCUUUCCAAAUUGGAAUAAUGAGUCAAUCUUGAUAGCUAAAAGGAAAGAUCACGUCUAUGUCCAAUGCAUUCGUUAUAUCCCG